UCAUGGUAUUAGACUCCCUAACACCAAGUGUUCUGAUGUUUCAGGUGAAAAGAUUGUUUUCUGAAGGCUGCGUUGGAGACUGUGACAGAACAGAGAACCCAUGUGAAGCUGAUGGGGGAGGCUUUCUGAAUAACAUGGCCCUUCGCCAUUAGCCUUGCCAUGACCACAUUUUUUACCAGCGUCCCUCCUUGGAUUCAAGAUGCAAAGCAGGAGGAGGAAGUGGGCUGGAAACUAGUUCCCAGGCCUCGGGGCCGAGAGGCGGAGAGUCAAGUGAAGUGCCAAUGUGAAAUCUCGGGGACACCCUUCUCAAAUGGGGAGAAGCUGAGGCCUCACAGCCUCCCCCAUCCAGAGCAGAGACCGUAUAGCUGCCCUCAGCUGCACUGUGGCAAGGCUUUUGCCUCCAAAUACAAGCUUUAUAGGCACAUGGCCACCCACUCAGCCCAGAAACCCCACCAGUGCAUGUACUGUGAUAAGAUGUUUCACCGCAAGGACCAUCUGCGGAACCACCUGCAGACUCAUGACCCUAACAAAGAAGCCCUCCAUUGCUCUGAGUGUGGUAAGAAUUAUAAUACGAAGCUGGGUUACCGGCGCCACCUGGCCAUGCAUGCUGCCAGCAGUGGUGACCUCAGCUGCAAGGUGUGCUUGCAGACCUUUGAGAGUACCCAGGCCCUGCUAGAGCACCUGAAGGCCCACUCACGCCGAGUAGCAGGUGGUGCCAAGGAGAAGAAGCACCCCUGUGACCACUGCGACCGCCGGUUUUAUACUCGUAAGGAUGUGCGGCGGCACCUAGUGGUACACACGGGCCGUAAGGACUUCCUAUGCCAGUACUGUGCCCAGCGGUUUGGCCGCAAGGACCACCUGACACGUCAUGUUAAGAAGAGCCACUCGCAGGAGCUGCUCAAGAUCAAGACAGAGCCAGUGGACAUGUUAGGCCUACUCAGCUGCAGCUCCACAGUUAGUGUGAAGGAAGAGCUGAGUCCUGUGCUAUGCAUGGCCUCUCGGGACGUGAUGGGGGCCAAGGCCUUUCCUGGCAUGUUGCCUAUGGGCAUGUAUGGCGCCCACAUCCCUACUGUGCCCAGUGCGGGCGUGCCACACUCCCUGGUGCACAACACGCUGCCCAUGGGUAUGAGCUACCCUCUGGAAUCCUCACCUAUCUCUUCCCCAGCUCAGCUCCCUCCAAAAUACCAGCUUGGAUCUACCUCAUACUUGCCUGACAAAUUGCCCAAAGUGGAGGUGGAUAGUUUUCUGGCGGAGCUUCCUGGAAGCCUGUCUCUCUCAUCCGCUGAACCCCAGCCCGCCUCACCUCAGCCGGCGGCAGCUGCGGCCCUCCUAGAUGAAGCACUGCUCACCAAGAGCCCCGCUAACCUCUCCGAGGCCCUCUGCGCUGCUAAUGUGGACUUCUCCCACUUACUGGGCUUUCUUCCACUCAACCUGCCCCCAUGUAACCCUCCUGGUGCCACAGGAGGCCUGGUCAUGGGCUAUUCCCAGGCUGAGGCACAGCCCCUGCUUACCACUUUGCAAGCUCAGCCUCAAGAUUCCCCAGGAGCUGGGGGACCACUGAACUUUGGGCCUCUGCACUCCUUGCCUCCUGUCUUCACCUCUGGCCUGAGUAGCACCACCCUGCCUCGUUUCCACCAAGCAUUCCAGUAGCCCCCACAGAGGCCCUCAGGUCAGUCUUUGGCUCUGUCAGGGGGCCGUAGUACCUACCCCGUCCGUGUCCCCCAUGAAGGCAGCUGAGCUUUCAGAGCUGGGUUCGAAAAGAAAAAAUUCCAGUGUCUGUAUGGAGCACUUGGUUUAGGGGUUCAGGCUCCAGGAUCGAUUCCAGGAGGAGUUUUGAGCCCCAACCCCAUGAAAAGAUCUCAUACCAUAGGACUUCAGGUAUUUUUACUUUUACUUUUUUGAUCUGAAUCGGGAGCCACAGUUAGUCCUCUUCCUCUCCAAAGUGUCAGAACCUCCUUCUCUUUGGAGAAGGGGGAGGGCUCUUGGAGACAGAGGGUUUCGUCUUGGAUGACCUCAAGAGAAAUCACCCAAGAAGUCUGCAUUCUGGUCCCAACCAGCAGACCCCACAGCAGUCAGUUUGGUCAGGCCCUGCUGUAGAAGGUCACUUGGCUUCAUCGCCUGCUUUCAACCAAUGGGCAAGAGAGAGAGUCUCUGUUCUUCCCCACCACUCCCAUCCCUACAGUACCAGCACCUCCAUUUCCAGUCAGUGUUGUCCAGCAACGGUACCGUUUACACAGUCACCUCAGACACACCAUUUCACCUCCCUUGCCAAGCUGUUAGCCUUAGAAUGAUUGCAGUGAACACUGUUUACACGCCGUGAAUCCAUUCCCACCAGUCCAUUCCAGUUGGCACCAGCCUGAACCGUUUGGUACCUGGUGUUAACUGGAGCCCUGUUUACAAGGCGGAGUCGGGUCUUACUGACUUCUCUUCACUUGAGGUCACAUUUUUCCCCUGUGGGGAAAUAAACUGACUUUGGACUGCUUCA